AUGAGUGUCAAAGUACAAUUAAUACAUUAGUAAUGGGAUGAGAUUAGGAAAGUUUUAAGAGCCACUUAAAGAAAACUUACAAAUAGUAAUAAUUUAUCACUUACAAAUUGUAUACCAACUAAUAAAAGUUAAGAUUAAGUAAAUAAGGAAGCAAAUUUAUCUGAUAAUGAAUGGGAAUUUUACAAUAACAACCCUAACGCUUUAUUAUUAUUAAAGGAUACUUGUCGAAGUGUAUCUAUUCGAUUAAUUUUUAGACACAAGGCGAAAGUUUUAUUUGAGUUAAAGAAGAAGAGAACUAUCCUCUUAAAAUGAUUAAGAAUUUUAUAGUUAAUUACAAAGUAGAAGAGAAUAAGUGAAGAAACAAAGAAUUCUAUAUAGUAAUGUCACUAAUUUUGAAAAAGCUAUAAAAUAAAUAACAACACCUAAAUUAAGUUUAACAAGACCUUAAACGAGAUUUAGAUAAAAUAGUUUAGAGAUCUAAUUAAAUAAAAAUAGCUAAAUUAGAUAAAAUUCAAUGGAUGUAAAUAAAACAAAUAAAGUUAUACCAAAUGAAACUUAAUGUGGUUAUUUUAAUAGUGAUAGAAAAUAAGCUAAGAGGAAAACUAAUAAUUUUUGGUAUAGAAUAAAAAGUCCACCUCAAGAUAAAAAAGAUAAUAUCACUUAGGUUUUGAAAUCAAGAUUCAAAAAGAAAAAUGAUAUAUCGUUGGAUAUUUGUUGCUUCAAUUAUGAAUCAUUGUCAUUAUUAAAUUAAACAAAGACCCCCACCCUAUAUUAUUAAUGA